AUGGCAGAUCGAUCGGCGCGGAUUGCUAUCGUGAAUAAUAACCGGUGCAAGCCGAAUAAAUGUCGACAGGAGUGCAAGAAGAGCUGCCCUGUUGUCAAGACGGGGAAGCUUUGUAUCGAGGUGACAUCAGCAUCCAAGUCUGCUUUCAUAUCAGAGGAGCUUUGUAUAGGAUGUGGUAUCUGUGUGAAGAAGUGUCCUUUUGGAGCUAUUCAGAUUGUUAAUCUUCCUAAGGAAUUGGAGAAAGAAACAAUCCACCGUUAUAGGGGAAACUCUUUCAAAUUGCACAGGCUUCCAGUUCCAAGGCCCGGGCAAGUCUUAGGUUUGGUUGGAAAAAACGGUAUUGGUAAAUCAACGGCUCUCAAAAUCUUGGCUGGAUUAGAAGAACCAAAUCUUGGCAGAUACGAGAAUCGUCCGGCUUGGAAGGAAGUUUUGAAUCACUUCCGCGGGUCAGAACUUCAAAGCUAUUUCACACGACUCAUAGAAGAGAAUCUAAAGGCCGUUAUGAAGCCACAACAUGUAGAAGACAUAAAAAAACGUGCUCCUGGUGAGCUUGGGAAAACACUUGAGAAGCUGGACGAGAAAGGAAUGAUGGCGGAGAUUUGUGCUGAUAUGGAGUUGACCAAGAUUGAUGUGACCCGCGGACGCGGCUAUGGAUCGAUGGAGGAGUGUAUCUUCGGUCAAGUCAGAAUCGGUGGGACUUUCCUCGGCCAAGCAUCAAGGGUUCGAAUCCAGAGAGGAUUCAAACGACAGAAACGAGAGUUGAGGAGGUUCCAACGAACGGUUUGUGAAGACGGUCGUGAAGCCUUCUCAGAACGUACGGACGCGGCUGAGCGGAUACGGCUAAUGGCAGGACUCGGUGGGAAACGGAGGUGGAAACGACGCGAGAUGGUUUCUGAUACUCCACAAGAGAGCGAUGGGGAAGUGAAGUCUUACGCAAGAUACAAAUACCCAAAUAUGAGUAAAAAGAUUGGAGAUUUCAAGCUGGAUGUGAUGGAAGGGGAGUUCACUGACUCUCAGAUUAUUGUAAUGCUUGGGGAGAACGGUACAGGGAAAACUACCUUCAUCCGGAUGCUGGCAGGUGCAUUCCCACGUGAAGAAGGUGUAGAAGAAUCAGCUAAUAUGCCAGAGUUUAACGUAUCAUAUAAACCGCAAGGGAUUGGUUCGAGGCGUGUGUGUACAGUGAGACAGUUGCUGCAUGACAAGAUUCGUGAUGCAUAUGUGCAUCGUCAAUUUGUGUCGGAUGUAGUGAGACCGCUUCAGAUUGAGGAGCUCNUCGCGUUGAGGCUCCUGGGAGGGUCGCCGGUGCCUUGGCCGCGUUCGAGAUAG